AUCCAUUACAAAAGAAGCAGAGCCAAAUCUUGAAGGAAACCCUUUGUCUUUUGUUUGCAAAAGGACAGAUAGAUGUGUGUGUGUCUUUGUUACCAUGCAGAAUUCCAGACAUCCUGCUCCGGUCAGUUUCAAGUCUUUUUUCUUUUCUUUUCUUUUCUUUUUUCUUGAUCUGCUGAACACCAGGUACAUCCAUCACCAGGUGCACGGUGGGGUUUCCUCCGGACCAAAGUUUUGGCUUUGUUCAAAUCUCUGUCUGGUUUUUCAGUGUUUCCUUUUCCCCCAAAAGGUUUUCACUCACAGCUUUGCCUGGACACGUGCUCCCCAUAUGGUUCUCAUUAGUCAUGCCUUCCGUCCUUCAAAUCCGUUACCAGGGCCCAGACUGGCAGGCUUAAUUUUUGAGCUUAGUGGAAGGGAAGUAAAAAGCAGAAAGUUAAGCAGAGGGAUUUUAAGGAGGGUUUAAGAAAGGGAGUUUGGAUUCUUUUUCUUUCUUUCUUUUUCUUUUCUUUCUUUCUUUCUCUUUCUUUCUUUUCUUUCUUCCCUAAGUCUUGUUCAUCUUUUUUCUUCUUUCUUUCCUUUUUUCCUUUUUUUCUUUCCUUCCUCAGUUGUUCAUUUUUCUUUUCUUUCUUUUUCCUUUUCUUUUUCCUUUCAUCUUUUUCUUUCUCCUUCCUUUCCUUCCCCCUUUCCUCCCCCCCCUUCUCUUUCCCAUUUUCAGCCAAACCAAUUCAUGAAUUAAGUCUUAAAGCCAGCCACCUCCCUUUUCUCCCUCCCUCCCCCCUCCUCUCUUUUGAUUGACACAUUGAGCAAAUCCCUCUUGGAAAUGCUGUGAUUUGGAGGCUGUUCUGGAUUGAUGCCUUUAGCUGUUUGCAGAAAAGUGAGGAGGGGGAGAAGGGCUGCCUUGCUGUCAGAAAGGCGGAGUUGAACAGGAUGCGUUUAAAAGUUUGCCUGAAAGUUUGCCUUCCAAACUGGCAGAGGAUUCGGUUUUUUGCAAAGCAUUGUGUGUUUUUUUAUUUUUUGAUGGGGAAGCACAUUUUCCAUGCAGGUUUCUCUUCUUGAAGAAACAUCUGCUGAAGCAUCAUUUCUCUGCCGUAAAUGAUCAGCCCCUAUGACCAACAUGAGCUGGAGUUUCCUCACCCGCCUGCUGGAAGAAAUUCACAACCACUCCACUUUUGUGGGGAAGAUCUGGUUGACUGUUCUCAUCGUCUUCCGCAUAGUCCUGACGGCCGUGGGUGGCGAGUCCAUCUACUCGGACGAGCAAAGCAAGUUCACCUGUAACACCAAACAGCCGGGCUGCGACAACGUCUGCUACGAUGCCUUCGCCCCGCUUUCUCACGUCCGCUUCUGGGUCUUCCAGAUCAUCAUGAUCUCCACCCCGUCCGUCAUCUACUUGGGUUACGCCAUCCACCGGAUCGCCAGAUCUUCGGAGGAGGAGAAGAAGAGAUUUCGGAGCUUCAAAAAGAAGAAGAAGCAGUUCGUCCUCAACUGGCAGGCGUCCCACCAUUUGGAGGACUCAUUGGGCGCCGAAGAAGAACCUAUGAUCUCUGAGGAGAUGGCGGAGAACGAAGAGAAGGAGAAGACCAAGGAAGAGGAGAAGAAGAAGGGGCAGAAACAUGAUGGACGGAGACAUAUCCAAGAAGAAGGGCUGAUGAAGAUCUAUGUCUUCCAGCUUCUCACCAGGGCCUCCUUGGAAGUCUGUUUCCUCAUAGGUCAAUACAUGCUCUACGGUUUCGAGGUGAGGCCCUACUAUCUUUGCACCCGUGACCCCUGUCCCCACAACGUCGACUGCUUUGUGUCCAGGCCCACGGAGAAGACCAUCUUCCUUCUGGUGAUGUACGUAGUCAGCUGCCUUUGUCUGUUGCUCAACUUGGCGGAGAUGUGCCAUCUGGGCAUCGGUACCAUCCGGGACGCCAUUCGUGAGCGGAAAAUCCACAGCUUCCGACAGCCGCCGUACAAUUACGCCGCCUACCCCAAGAACAUCUCCUGCCCACCCGAGUACAACUUGGUGGUCAAGUCGGACAAACCGGCCAAGAUCCCCAACAGUCUGAUGGCCCACGAGCAGAACCUAGCCAACGUAGUCCAGGAGCAGCAGUGCACCAGCCCCGAUGAUAACAUCCCUCCCGAUUUGUCGACCCUCCAUAAACACUUACGGGUGGCUCAGGAGCAGCUGGACAUCGCGUUCCAGAGCUACAACAGCACUCAGGGGCACAGCCAGCCCUCCAGAACCAGCAGCCCGGGCUCCAGUGGAUCCAUGACAGAGCAGAACCGGGCCAACAUUGCGCAGGAGAAACAUGGGGCCAAGCCAAAAACCAGUUCAGAGAAGGGUAGCGUCAACGGCAAAGAUGGGAAAAACUCCGUAUGGAUUUAGGAAGGAGGAACAGGUCAAAGGGUCCUUUGCAUCAGGAGGUGGUGUGGGUCUCUUCUUUGCAUAUGAGAACAAGGCUAAAGUGAGACACCAACUGGUAGUCCACCAGAGGCCUUUUCUUAAUCCCUUGCUUGGUUGAUCCCAUCUUUCAUUUUCUGGGUAAAAGCAGAAUAUUUGCGCUAGAAGUCCGCGCGAGACAGAUCCAUCUUUGAGGUUUAGCGUUGUUCUUCCAGGGAAGAUUCAAACCAGGUGCUGAUGGCCAAGAUGGAUCCUUUGACUCGAGGCUCCAGAGACCAGAAGAAACAGAAUUAAAUUCCUGUCGAUAAAACUUUGGCCCCCAAAGCCCAAUUUCUCAACCUGCCUUGACGGUUGGGGAAUCUCAGGUAUAAUCCCCCUUUUGAAACAGGUAGCAUUUAUCGCGUUAUCCUUUGUUUCUUAUCCUCCUUGCUUGUCCGACUCUUCCAUUUCUUCCUUCUGACAAGCUGCCUUUUUAAAAAAUUAACGAACCAACUCAUUUCUCAUUUUAUUUUGACUUUUGCUUCCUACCCAGACAGGAUGGGUUCUCCUAACUUGGUGCCUGCCAAAUAAUCUAGUUUAUGAGUAAUUUCUUUUGAGGUUAGGGCAGACGUGGGCUGGAGAAGGGUGCCUUGGAGGGUUUUUAAAUCUUUUUACCACUUUUCUGUCUCUCCUGCCCUCUGAUUGUGGUAAGACGGGAACGUCCGUUGUUCAUGAAAAAAAACCACCACGCGUGGAUGGUGGCCUGCCGUAGACCUCUUCUGUUGGGGGUUUUCCUCCCAUGCUAAGCAAUUGUGGGGCUGAACCAUGUUGUCUGUUCCUUGGUGGAUGGAAGAUUUCUUUUGAGGGUCAAAUAAUCCCAAACUGAAUUCAUUUCCAGGUCCUUGGAGGAAUGGCAACAUCUGGAGAUGUUCCCAAAAUGUUGUAGUUCUGAAUCGCGGGCUGUAUCCAGCAAAGGAUAGGGUUUUAAAAUGGAAAAAUUAUGUAAACAUCACUAGAGAUACACUAACCUGCGACUUUGGCAGUAUGGUUCACUGCAAAAUGGUUUCUGGAAAGCAAAUUUGGUCUUCUCCAAGAAAAUGGAGCCUUUCUUAGAGCCUCCAAGAAAGUGGAGCUGUACGAGAGAAGGGAGAUCUGAAGCCAGUUUCUGGGUCAGCUACACUGUGCAUUUGGGGAUGGAUGGCAUUUUAUUUUUAUUUUAUUUUUCCUUCUCUGCAACUACCUUGAGAAAUGAGUUCCAGGAGAUACGAAGGAUGUUUCAUGAAGGAUUGUGCCCUGUCAAAGGUUGCAGAGUGAGGAAAAUGAAUUUAGUCACUGAAAAGCAGUUUUUUUUCAACCUUGGCUGCUUGAAGAUGGUGGAGUUCAACUCCCAGAAUUCCCCAGCCAGCAAGAGAACAAUAGAAAACAUCUUCACUGAACCUUUGUGGAGAGAGAUUAGUGCUAAAAUAAGAUGACCAGGGCUUGAUUUGGACAAGACAGUGAAUCAGAUGUCCUCGCAUUACGCUGAGGAGAAAAUGAACCCCCAAGAUGCUGGUGGUAGUGAAACAUUACAUCUAUUCAGAAGCUUGGAGAUGUUGUAUGGAGAUAUGGUGCUUCUCUAAAUACCUGCCUAUUUCAUUCUUCCGUAUGACUUUACAAAUGUCAUAUAUAGCCUAAGAAGAGCUGGGAUCCUUCAGACCAAUAUUCCAUUAGUCUAGUCUUCUAGCCAGAUAUCCUGGGCAGGUUCUCCUCUGUGGCUGACAUAAAUAUUAUGACUCGUAAUAACCGAGAAGUCUAAAUGAAAUCAAGAUUUCCUCUUGAUGACUUCAUGCGGGCAUGUAGAGUAGUAUUCCUCAAACUUGUUAGCUUGAAGAUGCGUGGACUUCAAUACCUGGAAUUUCUGCAGCUGGAGAAUUCUGGGCGUUGAAGUCCACUCAUAGUGGCUGGAGAAUUCUAGAACUUGGAAGUCCAUGUGUGUUAAACGUUGCUGAGCUUCAGAAACAAGUGAUGGAAAGAAUAAGGAAGGUGUCGUGGAAAGAGUGCAAGAAGAUAAUGCGCAAGCAAUUCAGAUACCUCCUUAAUUCAAAUGUGUGUAAGGGUAGAGUUCUUACACUUUCCCUACAAAGUGGGUUCAUGUUAGGCCAGUAUUUCUGAACCUUAGCAAUGUGAAGGCUUGCGGACGUCAACUCCCAGAAUUCCUGACCCUGGCUGGGGAAUUCUGGGAGUUGAAGUCCACACCUCUUCAAGCUGUCAAGAUUGAGAAACAUACUGAUCUGGAAAUAGAUUUCUUGAGUAUAAUUCAGAUACUGUUUGCUACUGUUUUCUUCCAGAAUGUUUUGUGUCUCCUUGUCUAGCCACCUGAGGGGUUUUACAGCUUCCAUUUUAAGUCCUCCAUAACGAAGUCUGAUCCUGCUUAGCUCUUGAAAUCACCCAAGAGAGACUUACUGGUAAUACUGUUUAUUCAAUCUCCAUAAACCUACCUGCUCCUAACAUCUCUAAGGCCAAUAAAGCCCUUCUGCAUUGAAGUCCUCCAGAAGCGUUAAGUUUAUGUCAACUGGGAAUUAUGGACCUUGAGGCCUAGGCAGGAGGUUGGAUUAAAAGACCACAACAGUCCUUUCCAACCCUAUUAUUCCAUGUUGGGGGGAAAGAGCCUUAACGUUACUUUUAUCCACUGCCAAAGCACAGGUCUCCAUUUUCAUUCCAUGAAUUUGUAUAUUGUACAGAAUUAGCCCUCCAGAUUGGUGUCGUUGACCUUCACCAGGAAUGGAAAAUGGUUGCAAGCAUCGAUCAGUUGCAGAGGGGAGUCUUCAAGAUGUCUUUAUGGAGUCCACGGUUUCAUGUGUUUCAUGUACAUAACAUGAAGUAUCAGUCCUGAACCCCAUUUGGUAAUUUCCAGAAGAUUCCACUAACUUGUAGACCAUCAACUUGCAUCGUGAGAUCUAUUGAACAUCUCCGGUACGAUAAGAAGCUAAGUGGCUUUAAGAAGAUAAAUCUGGUUUGUUGUUACGAAUCUAUCUAAAGCUCACUUCAAGGGAGAAUAAGAAGGUUCAGACAAAUGAGAAUUAAUUUUUGAAGGAAAAAUACUUUCUUCCAAUGGAACGAAGAAAAAUCUAUGUUUACAACACUGCGAUGGACAGAAAGAGAUCUCUUUCACCCUUACUCAUCCCAAAAUGAAGAUUUAGCAGUGGAGAAUUAUCUUUAAAAUUAUUUUGGAAACACUGUUUUUGAUGUCAGGUUUGAGAAACAAGCAUCUGAUGGGAGGUCUUGUUUUCAAAAAAAAUAAUUCAGCUUUGCCUAAAUUGGUCCUGGAUUAAAAUCAUAAUUCAAAACAAGCCUAUGUUUAUGGACAAAAAACAGAACUGUUUAAAAUAGGUGGUUCACGGGUCCAUUUUGUGAGGGGCCAAAACCCCAAUUCUACAAUUAAAUUUGCCGGGCUGAUCAGGAUUGUAGGAUUGAAAAGAGACCACUGGGAGAUCAACGUAGUGACGGUAUUUUUUAAAAAAUGACACAAUUUAUAGUGAAGGCAAUGCUGUCUUCUUAACUUAGCUCCUUUCUUUUUCUUCAUUGAUUAUCUGAUGAUGUCCUUCACAAAAAGUCUUGAAGAAAAGGCCAUGUUGGUGGAAUUAAGUGAAUAAUUAGUUCAAAAAUAUUUUUUUAAAAAACCAGGAUCCUUUUGUUUAAGGAAGUGUGUACAAAUCAGCAUUGUGUUUGUUUAGAUUGGGAUGGCAAGGUAAAAAAAAUAUGUAAUUUUUGGCCGUGUAUAGAUCAAUACGUCCAGAGUCACGUUGAACCGUGAGAUGGGCAGCAAAUAAAUUGGAUAAUAAUAUAAUAAUACACACCAAAUAAUUCAAUUCCUGUGUUCUGUUAUCCUGAAUCUUUAGCUGUUAAAAAAGAGUUUUAUACCCAAUGCAUGGGAAAACAUCAUAUGUCAGAAGACAGAACCAACGUUGUUUUUAAGACUCUUCUUAUAUACCUGCAGUAUUAAAAAAAAAAGGAAAUUACCAAAAGAUUAAUCUAUAAUGCAAAAAAAAAAAAGAGAGAGAGAGCUUUUUUAACAGUUAACUGUUCCAGUCAGCAGUUGUGCUCCCCAGACUGUAAGGAUUUUAAUCUGGAUGUGGUGGUUUUGAGAUACCAGCAUCUUUCCUCCAUCCUUUGGCAGAGAAAACACUUACCACUCUUCUCUUUUGACAACCGCACAACCAAAGCCUACAUACACACUGCCGUUCGCGUUCCAUUCCGCUGGGAAAUACUUGAAAUUAACUAAAUAGCCAUAACAAAUCUAUGCUGUUAACAGAGUUUUGACCUCUUUUAUUAUUUUUCUUAAGUCUUUUUUCUUGUACAUUUUCCUCAUUUGCCAGUUGUGUAAAAAACCCAUUUUGGCUGCGUUCGCACGACAUAUUUAAACAGUUAUAGAAAGUGGCUGUGUUGACACCUGCUUAAAUUUGCCAACAUGAACUUAAGAGGAAUUCUCCUAGUUUUGAAGUGUGGAAAUCCACCUGGUGAGAUUAAAAAUUCUAAGAAUUAUUAUCUUGAGCUGAGAAAAAUGGAUGAAUUUGUCAUAUUAAAUCUUUUGUGCGAACGCAGCCAGAAAGUAUGUUGUCGAUCCCUAAUAUGUUUCAUUGUAAAAGCUAUUUACAAGUUGUACAUGGAAUAAUUACUUACAAACAGUAAACACUUUUGGAUGUUUCAGUGUUCAGCACUAAUAAAAAUGGAACAAAAUGUUCCUUUUGUUUCAUCAUA